UGAUUGUUGGGCCUUCCUUUUUGGGGCAAUCUAGAUGGUUCCAACGACACAUGAUGACGGAGUCAACCCAAUUCAUAAUGCGCAAUCUUGGAGUAAUGGGAUUCAUGUUCUUUCUUUUCAUGUAUGGUGUGAGGAUGGAUCCAACACUUUUAAGAAAAUCAGGAAAAUUGCACGUAUCAACUGCAUUCAUAAGCAUAACAAUCCCCAUGGUGACAGCGUUUGUUGUGGCACUAUGCAUGAGAAAAAACAUGGACAAAGAAAUGGCCUUGAUUCCUUCAUUAGGAUCAAUAUCAGGUUACUUGGGGAUCACAGCAUUCCCUGUUCUCUACCACAUCCUCAAAGAGUUUAACCUUCUAAACUCAGACAUGGGUCGAAGUGCACUGUCCAUAGCAUUAAUUGGUGACUCAUUUGGUAUGCUUUGUAUCAUGGCAUUUGAGGCAUCAAGUCAAGGAGAAACUAAGAUGAUCAAUACCUUAUGGUAUAUGAUUUCUUUUGUGGGCUUGAUGGCAUUCCUUAUGUUUUGUGUUAGACCCGCUAUGAUAUGGAUCAAUAACAAUACUCCAGAAGGGCACCCUGUGCAACAGUCCUUUGUGGUUGCAAUUUUUCUAGGGGCUCUUGUAAUGGGCUUCUUAACUGACAUGUUUGGCAUAGCAAUUGCUAAUGGGCCAGUGUUUUUGGGCCUGGUAAUUCCAGAUGGGCCUCGUGUGGGAGCAACAAUUGUACAAAAGACCGAAACAAUUAUGGCUGAUAUUCUUCUACCAUUCUCAUUCAUUAUGGUGGGAUCAUACACUGAUUUCUAUGCCAUGAGUGCUUCUGGUUGGUCCAGCUUAGAACCAUUGAUUGUCAUGGUUAUUACUGGCUACGUUCUCAAAUUCUUUUCCACUUGGAUUGUUCUACAUUUCUGGCGAAUGCCUCUCAGAGAGGGACUAACCCUUAGCCUCACUUUGAGCUUAAGAGGCCAUAUUGAACUUAUAUUGUUUGUGCAUUGGAUGGACAAAAAUUAUAUAUAUUACUGUCAUCUCUAUAUUUCAAAGACAUUCGAUCCAAUACAAUUGUUGUUGUGGUUACAGAUCUUACAUAUUCCAGACUUCACAUUAUUGGUUCUUAUGACAACAAUACUGACAGCAACAUUCGCUCCUUUGAUAAACAUAUUAUAUGAUCCAACAAAGCCAUACAUGGUGAACCAAAGAAGGACCAUUCAACACAACCCUCCAGAUGAAGAGCUUAGAAUAGUGUUAUGUAUUCUUGACACUGAAACCAUAAAUGGUUUCAUCCGUUUGCUUGAUAUCUCAAAUCCAAACUCAAGCAGCCCCUUAUCUAUUUCUGUUGUUAGACUAGCUGAGCUUGUAGCACGUGCCAACCCUUUGUUCUUAGACCAUGAAAAGCAACGAGUGCCUCCAAAUUAUCAAUGGACAAACACCAUAAAUGCCCUCACACAGCAUCAGCAACACAAAGGAAUGUUAAUGAAGCUCCAUUUCUUCACAGCUGUGACUCCAAAGCAGACAAUGUUCAGAGACAUAUGUGAGCUUGCCCUAGAACAAGAGGCUUCUUUGAUCAUCUUACCUUUCAAAUCUUCUUCUGAUGUUCACAACCACUCAGUGAAUUCACAAGUCUUGAACACUGCACCUUGCUCAGUUGCAAUUUUUGUUGAUAAGGGGCUUCCAGAUAUCAACAACAUAGGCAGUAGUAGUACUUCCUUUCGUCGAAGCCAGUAUCGAUUCGCCGUGUUGUUUCUUGGUGGUGGAGAUGCUAGAGAGGCUCUUGUUUAUGCAGAUAGGAUGGUUGCUAACCAAGAUGUGUCCCUCACAGUUAUAAGAUUUCUCUCUCGCAACUUUAAAGGGUACAAUGAAAUUGAGAAGAAGCUUGAUGAUGGAAUUGUGACUUGGUUUUGGGUUAAGAAUGAGAUUAAUCAAAGAGUGGUGUAUAGAGAGGUGCUGGUUAGUAAUGGAGAAGAAACAAUUGAAGAAAUUCAAGCCAUGAAUGAUGGUGCUUUUGAUCUUUUGAUUGUGGGAAGAAAACAUGGAAUAAACCCAAUUCUUCUCACUGGGUUAUCAGAAUGGAGUGAAAGUGACGAGUUGGGACUCAUAGGAGACUAUGUUUCCUCUGCAGAUUUUUUUGGCUCAGCUUCUGUUUUAGUUGUUCAACAACAAAUCUUAAGAGGCUAAUAAAAUUGGGAUCUG